CUUCCCUCGAAUGCUGUUCGGAUACUGCAGUAUAUCUGAGCUUAUCCCGGCAAGGGGGGGCACGAAAUAGGAUUCUGACUGGUCGGGCCAGCGUCUAAAAGUAAAACUGGGAUCUCUCUGUUUUAUUAAAGUUUCCGAAUGAAAGUGGAAUUCUAGCAUAAGUUUCAAAUCCUCAUGUCUGGGAGCUCGCCGAUGCAACGCUGCUGCGUAGGGAAUAGGAACAUACAUUAACGCAAAAUUUUGAGUUUCGGAUGCAACCAGCAGCUCCGGCUCCUCUUACUCGACAAAGCGUUCAUCUUUCGCAUUUUGCUAAAAUAUUUUAAUUGGGGUUCUUGUUCUCAUCAAUUGUACUACUCUAGUAACUGUUUCUUUAAUUUCACCUUCGGUUUUCUGCAUUUCCAUCCUCGCUAACUUUGAAAGUCAGAAUCUUUAUUCAUGUUGUUGAACAGAAUCAAAUCAUUUUGUUGCGUUGUUGGUCAUUGCAGAGAAAGACAGACUCUGUUUAACAGAGAAUUGAGAGGAGAAAUUCAUGUUCCCAGUUGCAAGAUCUUUGCGUCGUCAAAUUGAACUUUCCUUAUGCUAUUUGCAGAUUUAGAUCUUCAUCAUCUUUUAAGUGUAUUUGUGUUCCACUAAAAAUUUUUCGAGGGCCUGAAAGAAUGCACGGUAAAUUACUGCAUUUCUGUACUGAUUUACUGUUGCGAUUUUCAUGCGCCGCAAGGGUUAUCUUAUCUCCUCCAAUUUUUAAAUUUUUACCACAGCCCUGAGUCAAUGCCGACAUCUUUUUACCUGCUCUUCAAUCCGAUUCAGAGCCCUACCUAGGAAAUCUGCCAAUUAAAUAGCUGGGCCAUUUUUCUACACCUACCUGCAAUAUUCUCGUUUUUUUUUUUUUAUUUUCUAAAUGAAAGUGCAGUUUUAGAGCACUUUGAUUUUAGAGCCCAUCUACAUCAUUACAUCAGUCUGCUUGAAAAUCCAAAGAAAACCGUCAACGAGCAAGUCAUGCCAAUGGCAAUCCUCUUCAAGCAAAUUCCCCUCUUCACUGUCCUCCCCCUCUCCCUUCUCUCCCUCUUCCUACUCUUCCGCCUACUCGCCAACCACCAACCCCACCGUUUUUCCCAGCUACCAAAACCCUUUCCUCCACCGCCUAAAGUGGCCUACUUCAUUUCCGGCACUAACAAUGAUGGCCCAAGAAUCUUCAGGCUUCUUCAAGCCACAUAUCACCCAAGAAACUACUAUCUGUUGCACCUUGACCGGCGUGCAUCGGAUAAGCAGAGGGAUCGGCUUGCUAGAAUUGUGGGUUCUGUUGAAAUCUUCGUUGCAGCUGGGAAUGUGAAUGUUAUGAAGAAGUCAAACCCGGUAAACGAAGAGGGCUCCUCUCCUCUUGCUUUGAUUCUUCAUGGUGCGGCUAUUUUGUCGAGGUGGAAAAAAGACUGGGAUUGGUUUGUUAACCUUGCUGCUUCCGAUUAUCCUCUCAUUCCUCAGGAUGAUUUUCUCCACAUCUUGUCAUAUUUACCAAGAGAGUUGAAUUUCAUAGAACAUGAGACUAACAUCACCAUGCAGGAAUAUCAAAGGAUUACCGACGUGAUUGUUGAUCCUCGCCUUUAUCUUCAAUCAGCAGGAAGAAUGUUCAUGGGCAGUGAAAAGCGUACGAUACCAAAUGCCUUCAGGUUUUUAACAGGUUCUCCACAUGUGAUUCUCAAUCACAAACUCGUUCAGUUCGCACUCCUAGGAUGGGAAAAUUUUCCAAGGAUACUUCUUUUGUACUUCUCAAAUACUAGACUUUCUCACAAAGCCUAUUUCCAGACCCUUGCUUGCAAUUCAGAGUUCUCUCGCACUGUGAUCAACUCAAAUUUGCGAUACACUGACUGCAACUCCCCUUGUUCCGAAAGCCGUCAGAGCGGAAGGCCUAUGGAUUUUGGCAGAAUGCUCGCAAGCGGAGCAGCUUUUGCUGGAAAUUUUUCAGUAAAUGAUCCAAUUAUGGAUGUUAUUGACUCGGUUGUGCUCAAUCGUGGUAAAGGAAUGCCUGCACCAGGCGCAUGGUGCUUGGGAAGGUCAUGGAGUGGCAGGGUUUCUUGCUCGGAAUGGGGUGAUGUUGAUAUAUUGAGGCCUGGUCCAGCUGCAAGAAGGUUUAAGCUGCUGCUCCUUAAAUUAAUGAAGAGCAAAUCAUUCAGGUCCGACUUUACUUGACCAGUGAUGCUUGGCAACUACUGCUUCAAAAGCUUUAGGACUCAAUCUGCAAACUUACAAAAAGCUGUAGUUUGUCCUGUACAAAACAAAAGUGGAGGCAUUCCAUUAAUUUGUGGAUAAUAGGUCAAUUGAGGUGUAGGUAUUCGCUUUUAGUUCUAUCUUCUUGUCAGCUAUAUAAAAUUAGUGUCUCGAAUCAUUAGCAGCCAUUUAUUUCCCAGAAGUUAGCUGGUGGUCCCAAUGGCUGCUGUUCCCAGAAGUUAGCACCAUGGUAACUCUUCUAGAAAAA